CCAGCCAGCGAGACCACCGCGUCCCGGUCCCGAUCCCGGACGUAUCCGGCCAUGACUACGCGUACGUUUCCUCCCACGCGUGCCUUCUGGAAGGGACGAUCCCGUCCCGUGGAUUGGUUGCCCGAAGCGGGGCCGCGCAUGCCCCUAUAAAGCCCCGCCAUUCUCGCCCCGACUGACCGCAGGAGAAGCUUUUUGUUCGUCUCUUGAUCGAGAUCGUCUUUGAUGGAGCGCAAGAACUCGUUCGGCUCGUCGUGGGCGGACCAGUGGGACUACGGCAGCGACCCGGCCCCGCGGGCCGGCGGGAAGAAGCAGGGCGGCGUGGAGAAGACCAAGGCGGCCGCGGCCACGGGGCUGAAGAAGGUGAAGGAGGGCACCGCGCACGGCUUCCAGUGGAUCAAGGGCAAGGUGCAGAAGAAGAAGCAGGGCGCCGCCGGCGCCGGCGACGACGCGGCCGCCGGGUAUUAGGCAGCCAGGCUCGGCUGAUCCCUGGAGGAUGGAAUGGAUGGAUGGAACGCCGAUCGAUCGAUCGGCCGAUCUGUUGGUUUCUUGCGUCGUUUAAUUGGUUGUGUACAUAUAGUUUUUGCCGUUCUUCGAUUCAGGCUUUGCACCACCACGUAGUAGAUCAGCGAUCGUUUUAGAUCUCUGCUUAUUGAUUGGUUCUUUCUUCUUCCUUGUGUCCUGUUCUCGAUCGAUCCGAUGAAAUUUGCUGCUGAUUAGUUUCGUCCA